AUGUCUUCGCAGGACGCCGCUGUCAGGCACCAGGCCGUUGUGCCGGACAAGGUCCCCACCGGAGAGUACCCACUUAUCGACAAUGACCCCCACAUCUCGCGCGUCUUUCGCUACGUCCGCCCCUCGGACUGGGCCGCGGGCGCUGCCGUGGGCGCCAUCAGCCCCGGUCUGAUGCUGUACUGGGAGCAGGUCUCGCCCUCGUUUGUGGGCAAGGGCGGCUUUGCGCCCGUCAUGCGCCUGAGCGGUGCUGUCGGCGUCGCUGGCGCCAUCAUCUUCGCCUACUCGCGGUCCGCAUCCCGCUUCUACGGCGCCCGCGAGAACCGCCGCGAGGUCGAGAUGGACAUGCGCGAGAUGGUCGACCGCGUCAAGCGCGGCGAGCCGCUGUACGGCACCUCCGAGAUGAGCGAGUACCUGCAGGGAGUCGCGCACAGGAACUCGCGCUACGCAGCCACAUUCUCCCACGUCCUGCCGUGGCCCAACCUGGUCAACCACCCCUACCACGGCGUCGACACUGCCAAGUACUACCGCCAGGCCGAGCUGGAGCUCGAGCAGGAGAAGAACGUCCCCGCCAGGCGCUAG